AUGGCGGCUCGACACGGGAAACUCUGCGAGUUCAACGCGGGCGUAGAUAAUGUCGAAGACUACAAAGAACGAUUCUUGCUCUAUUGCACGGCAAAUGAAAUCACGGACGACGACAAGAAGAUAGCUGUUCUUCUGACGUCGAUGGGCACAACGACGUACACGUUACUAAAGAAUUUGGUACGACCGGCGGCUCCUCAAGACAAAUCGUUGGAUACGCUCUUCAAGCUAUUGCAAGACCACUAUGAACCGAGAAUUAUCGUCAUCGCAGAGCGUUUUCGCUUUUAUAAGCGAAUGCAGCGGGAAGGCGAGAAUAUUGCUGUUUACGUUUCGGAGCUGCGACGCCUCGCCAAACAUUGUGAUUUCGGUGAGCAGCUCAAUACUGCAUUACGCGAUCAAUUAGUCUGUGGGUUGCUACACGAGAAUAUACAGCAGAAGAUUUUAUCUGAGGCAGAGCUAACGCUGGAAAAGGCUCUGCGGAUUGCACAAGCUGCAGAGACAGCCAGAGCGGAGACACGACACCUCCGUGGGGAGUCGACACGACACGCAGCUAGUGGACAUUCCAGGACAUGGGAGACGGCAUUUGCUGUCAAGAGAGCGACCACAAGCAGCCGCAGCCAAUCGGGAUCGUUGCGUGCUUUGGAUAAGGCAUGUUAUCGUUGCAAUGAUCAUGGUCAUGACCCAACCAAGUGUAGAUUCAAAAACUACACGUGUCUGUUCUGCAAGACGAAGGGCCAUAUCGCUAAAGCAUGUCGGAAGAAGCAACGAGAUAACGCGAAAGAUAGCACGGAGGGCAAUUGGCGUACAAAAAGGAAACCGAAGACUCAGUCUACAUAUCAAGUAGAUGCAGAAGAUGUAAGCCUCAUUUGUUCUUUGUCUGGUAGAGGCGGGGUCAAGGUGACAAUAGAGGUGGCAGGCAGGAAUGUGGAGAUGGAAGUGGACACUGGAGCUUCAGUGAGUGUUGUACCAACCCAGAUAUAUAGUGAAGUUCUAUCCCACGUACAGCUGAAGAAGAGCACUGCCCAACUUCAGUCAUAUAGUGGUGAACGAUUGAAGGUGAAGGGAGAAGCUGUUGUACCAAUCAAGUAUGGAAUGCAACAAUCCAUGGAGCGGUUGAUUGUAGUAGAUGUGAGUGAUAAGCCAGCAGUCUUGGGACGAGAUUGGCUGUCAAACCUCAAGCUUGAUUGGGCUUCUCUGUUCAAAGUUGAUAGUGGAGUUUUUGAUGUACCCGAGAAGUUUCCUCAGUUGUUUGCAGAGGGAGUAGGUACUUUGCAAGGCUAUCAAGCCAAGAUAACUUUGUCUGCAGAUGCCAAGCCACAGUUCCAUAGGCCACGCCCAGUGCCUUAUGCCUUACAACAAAAGGUAGAGGAGGAGCUUAAUCGACUUCAGGAAGAGGGCAUUGUACAGUCAGUGGAAAACAGUGAGUGGGCAGCACCUAUCGUCAUUGUGAGAAAGGCUGAUAAUUCUAUCAGAAGUUGUGGCGAUUACAAGUAA